AUGCUUGGCGAAUGUCGUUUCUUUCUGAUCACGACUCCUCCAAUGUCGUUCUUUCGUCAGUCCAUCGCCUCAGGUCGAGCAGUUGCUUUCACAGCGAACGCUCAAACGCCUACAGUCACCAUGCCUCGUAUAAAGGCACUAACAAGCGGUGUGGUACCGUCCCUUGUAUCUAUCUUCGGAAACUUCUUCGCUUCGGAGAACAUAGAAGACAGCUGGGUGACCUAUGCUGCAUCUGCCGGACAAAGGUGGAUCAUAAAUAGAUAG